GGCGUGCCAUCUGCUCAUCCCCCCCUCCUUAUGAUUUCCAUCUCCAUCUACCUCUACCUACCCCCCCUCUCUUCCUCUUUCUCUUCCUCUUCCCUUUUGUUUUCUUCUUUCUCUUCUUUUUCUAUUAAAUAUUUAUUGUCCCCAUCUCCCUCUCUCUAUGUCUGAUCUUGAACCAAACCAAACCAAACCCAACCCCCCUCUCUUUCCCUCCACCCAAAUCUCAACUCAUUUCCUCCUUCUCCUUCAUCUCCUCCUCCUCCUCCAUCGCUGUAAUCAUCAUCGCCACCUCAGCCCGCCGCCACCAUGAUCUCCGUCGCGCCUUCUCCCGAAGCCAACCCCCAGAUCCCCCCCUCCUCCGAACUCCCUCCUGCUCAUCAUGAUCAGGAUCAGCAGCAGAGCGCCCCCGCCCCCGCCCCCUGCACCACCAUCUUCAGAUCGAAGCUCCCGGACAUACCCAUCUCCAACCACCUCCCCCUCCACUCCUACUGCUUCCAGCACGUCUCUCGCUUCUCCGACCGCCCCUGCCUCAUCUCCGACUCUUCCGGCAAGAACUUCUCCUUCUCCGACGCCCUCCUCCUCUCCCGCAAGGUCGCCGCCGGCCUCCACAACCUCGGCAUCCGCAAGGGCGACGUCGUCAUGACCCUCCUCCAGAACUGCCCCGAGUUCGCCUUCUCCUUCAUGGGCGCCUCCAUGAUCGGCGCCGUCACCACCACCGCCAACCCCUUCUACACUCCCUCCGAGAUCUUCAAGCAGUUCUCGGCUUCCCGCGCCAAGCUCAUCAUCACUCAGUCCCUCUACGUCGACAAGCUCCGCGACGGCCCCGCCCUCGGCAAGGACUUCGCCGUCAUCACCGUGGACGACCCCCCAGAGGGAUGCAUCCACUUCUCGGUCCUCAGCGAGGCCAACGAGGAGGAGGCCCCCGAUGUGGCGAUCCACCCGGACGACCCGGUGGCGCUGCCAUUCUCGUCGGGGACGACGGGGCUGCCCAAGGGGGUGAUCCUGACGCACCGGAGCCUGAUCACCAGCAUAGCGCAGCAAGUGGACGGCGAGAACCCGAACCUCCAUCUGAGGGCGGAGGACGUGGUGCUGUGCGUGCUGCCGCUGUUCCACAUCUACUCCCUCAACAGCGUGCUGCUCUGCUCGCUCCGCGCCGGGGCGGGAGUGCUGCUGAUGCACAAGUUCGAGAUAGGGACGUUGCUUCAGCUGAUCGAGCGCCACCGGGUGUCGGUGGCCGCGUUGGUGCCGCCUCUCGUGCUGGCCCUCGCCAAGAACCCCCUGGUGGAGAAGUUCGACCUCUCCUCCAUCCGCAUGGUGCUGUCCGGGGCGGCGCCGCUGGGCAAGGAGCUCGAGCUCGCCCUCCAGAGCCGCCUUCCCGGAGCCAUCUUGGGCCAGGGAUAUGGAAUGACGGAAGCGGGACCGGUGCUUUCAAUGUGCCUGGGGUUCGCAAAGCAACCCUUCCCGACCAAGUCGGGUUCGUGCGGGACGGUGGUUAGGAAUGCGGAGCUCAAAGUCAUUGACCCUGACACCGGUUCCUCCCUCGGCUACAACCAUCCCGGCGAGAUAUGCAUUCGUGGCCAACAAAUUAUGAAAGGGUACCUGAAUGACCCCGAGGCAACUUCAAACACCAUUGACGCGGAUGGCUGGCUUCACACCGGUGAUAUAGGCUAUGUCGACGAUGACGAUGAGAUCUUCAUUGUAGACAGAGUGAAGGAAAUAAUCAAAUUCAAGGGGUUCCAGGUGCCACCAGCCGAGCUUGAAGCGCUUCUCGUAAGCCACUCAUCCAUUGCGGAUGCAGCUGUUGUCCCGCAAAAGGAUGAAGUCGCCGGUGAAGUCCCGGUUGCAUUUGUGGUGAGAUCGAAUGGCUUUGAACUGACGGAAGAAGCAGUUAAGGAGUUCAUAGCCAAACAGGUGGUUUUCUACAAGAAGCUUCACAAAGUCUACUUCGUGCACGCAAUCCCGAAGUCUCCCUCCGGGAAGAUACUGAGGAAAGAUCUCAGAGCCAAGUUAGCUACGGCGGCCUCCAUUUCUUAAAUUUGUUCGGGUUGCGAUUUCGGGUUUUGUAAGCAUUACGGGUGGUGGGUUGUCCAUGUUCUUCUUCUUUUCUUUAUUAUUUUUCCUGUUAAUUGCAUAAAACAGAAGUGGGGAAGGGAGAACAAGAAGCGGUGAGCAAUGUGAUCAUCUCGAAGAUUCAAUAAUAUUGUCAAUGUUCCCCUGCUGCGUGUA